GGUGCAGUCAGACCUCAGGGACAGAGAGAGGAGUGAAGGCACACUGAAGACAGCAGAGAAGAGGAACUUUAUCAAGAGUGAACCAUGAGGACGCUGCUGCUGCUGUGUCUGUGUGUGACAUUCGCCUGGGCUCAGGAUAACCUGGAAUAUGACGACUAUGACACGGACACCAGCUCACCAGCAAAGAAUAAGACAGCGUUUGCAGAUGUUCGUGGUCACCGUCCAGUGACGAGGGGCAGGGACAGGUACAACCCUAACCGCUAUGCCCCACCCCCUAUCAGCGGGGGCAGAAGGUACCGUGGCCGCCCCACCCCCGCUCCGGUCGCAGGACAGGUUAAGGAGAAGGAGCCGCAGCCGGAUGCCGGAGGAUGCACACACGCCUCAGAGGAGAUGGGUGUUUUGUGUCCCAACGGCUGCGAGCUGAAGACCACUCUGCUGAAGAUGGAGAAGAACGUCAAGACGAGCAUUAAUGAACUCAAGCCUCAGGUGGAUGAGUUGUCCCGAUCCUCCAACUCAGUCUACAACUACGUCAACAGCCUGUCCGUCUCUCUGAGGGAGAGGCAGAGAAUCAUCAACAACAACAACAGGGUGGUCGGUGAUUACACUGAUCGAGUGGAGGAGCAACACGCCUACAUCAAGGAGACGGUGGACACUUUUUUCCCCUCCAACAUCAGAGUGCUACAGGGGGUUCUGGACAAGAUCAAGCUAAAGAUCCAGAAGCUGGAGAAGGCCAUCCAGGCCCAGAGGGAGGAGUGCAAGGAGCCAUGCAAGUCCAAAUGUCCCAUACCGGUGGUGUCUGGUAAGGAGUGUGAAGACAUCUUCCGCCGUGGAGGAAAAGACUCCCAGAUGUACAUGAUCCAGCCCGACUCCUUCUACCCUCCAUACAAGGUCUUCUGUGAUCAGACGUCCCAGAAUGGAGGAUGGCUUCUCAUCCAGAACAGGCUCGAUGGCAGUGUUGACUUUGGCCGCCGCUGGGACGAAUAUCGCCGCGGUUUUGGCAACAUUGCAUUUGAUGUUGGCAAGGGUCACUGUGAGACUCCCGGUGAAUACUGGCUUGGCAAUGACCGUAUUAGUCAAUUGACCAAGAUGGGCCCCACUGAGGUUCUCAUUGAGAUGGAGGACUGGACAGGAGCCAAGGUGAGUCCUUAAAAAAAUUACUGCAGA